CUACUACGGAAGAAAAAUCAAAAGGAUGACUUUCCUAUUCAAAAUUCAAAGCCCAGAGAAAAUUUAAAAGGGUGGAACUUUUGUUUCUCCUCGGACGAUCUCGUCGUCGUCGUCGUCUUUGAUCGUCUCAAGGGAUCGGGUUCGAUCGUCUCAAAUUUCUCUGAGGACUUCUAAAAGGUUUAAAGUGAUUUGUUUCAAAGCGAUGCCUUCUCUUAUCUCACAACAAUGGCAGGAGAGAACUAGUGGAUUCUUUUCUUCCUCAGGAACGAAGCUUAGGGAAGCUAGGCAAUCUGCUGGUGCUUUUGUCGGGGAAGUGGCUAAGGAUGCGAAAGUGAAUGUUAGUGAUGUUGCUGAAAGAGUUGGGUCGUUGUUCAAAAGCAGGUGGGCGAUUCUUCAGCAGCCUGCAACUAGACACGCUGUGCAAGAACACCUCAUAACAGCUGCUGCCACAACUGGGACUUUGGUCAGGAAAGGUAUCACUGAGACUAAAGAAAAGGUUUCCGUUGGAAAGAUCAAAGUGGAAGAGGCGGCAAAAAAGACUGCACAGAAGAGCAAGACUCUUUUGACGGAUAUCGAAAGAUGGCAGAAGGGAGUUGCCAGCUCAGAUGUGUUUGGUGUUGCGAUUGAGGUCACUGUCCAGCGGCAAGAGUCGACCAGACCUAUUCCAAUAAUAAUGAUCAAGUGCGCAGACUAUCUCAUAUUAACAGGACUUAACUCACCGAACUUGUUCAAAACCGAAGGAGACAAAAAGCUGAUCCAGCAAUUGGUUUCUGCUUACAAUCAAGAUCCUAGCGCGUCAAUACCUGAAGGCGUGAAUCCAGUUGAUGUCGCUGCCCUCAUGAAAUACUAUCUCGCAAGCCUUCCAACACCACUAACAACUUUUGAGCUUUAUAAUGAAAUCAAAGAUGCAAGGUCAAGCGUUAACAGAAUGAGAAAGUCACUCCAAAAGCUUUCCAGUGUGAACUAUAAUACACUUGAGUUCGUAACUGCGUUGUUACUUCGUGUGAGCGAGAAAUCACAGCUCAACAAGAUGGAUUCACACAGCCUAGCUAUGGAGAUGGCUCCGGUGAUCAUGUGGCGAGAAGACAAGAGGCCUGAGUCUUAUAGGGAAUAUUGGAGACGCCCAUCGAGGAGUCCUAAGAAAAGCAACGACUUUGAAACUGCUACUCCAUGGGACUUACUCUCAGAUGAAGGAGAAGGUGUAGAUGCAUCUUCAUCAAUCUCUCUAGAUGAUAUUGUUCAAGUUGAUUUUGGUGCGGUCGAGGUUGUGCAGUGCCUGAUUGAACAUCAUAACGCGAUUUUCACGGAUGCAGACGAGACUGUAUGGAGGUGAAAACAACAGCUUGCCAGUCUUUCUCUAAUGGUCCCCAGAUUCAAGUCAGUGGUUUCUCAAUUUGUGGACCAAACGAGAAGAACAUAUGCAUUGUUGAUGUGGAUGAUGAUUAACUAGUGGUUUUAGUAAAUAAGCUUUGUUUCAUAUGGUUUUUGUGUAACAUUGUUUUGAUAAGUAAGAAUUCAAUUUUCUGAUUA